UUCCCCUCCUUUGAUAAGCGCGGUAAUAUCCAUUUUUCCACUAUUUAUCACUGUCUCGCACUCAUUACCGCAGCUAUCAUGGAUGUCUUCUCAUUUCUUGAUAAGAGGCAGGUUAAUCUUGAAGAUGUUUUUAAUGCUUCUGCACCUGUUAAGAAAAACAGUGACCUAGAGAGCCUCAUGAGGAAGCUAGGGCAUAAUAUGGAAAAAAAGAUCAGCCUAUGGUGGGACAUAGUCACCUUUGAACGCUAUAUUAAGGAUAACAUUGUCCCACGGCGUCUACGAUGGGAUAUAACCCCUAAUGAUGGCCUAUUAGAUCAGGCCUCAAUAGACGAAUGGUUUAAAUUUUUUAACAUCAAGGGGUCAGAACUUUUGAUGUUCCUACUAGACAGGAAAAAGAGAAAGCUGAAACUGAUCGAACAGAUCAUCCUAGAGGUCAAGGAAGAACUAGAAGCAUAUAAAGAUUCAGGAGAUCUCGUAAGAUACACAACACAACUGAAUAAUGAUUUAACAAAGAAAGACAAGGAAGUACAACACAGGAAAAGAAAAAAAUACAGUCGCGAUAUGAAUGAUUUUAAAACGGAUCAUACGUUUAAAUGGCAGAGCCAAUCGGGCCGACCAGAUCCCAUCUCAACCUAUUCCACACCAGAGAGAAAUGUGAGGGUCUAUUCACCCCCAAGAGUGAUCAACUAUAUAGGGCCCACCCAAGAAACGCAUGAUAGGAAUAGGCACGAAUCGCCCCGGCAGUACAGAAAUGAAGAGAGACAGGGCAACUAUAAUCAACACACUCCCUACCAAAAUGAGAGAAGACCACCCCAAAAUGAGCGGACACCACAGAAUGGUUGGAAGAAACCCUUCUGGAAAAAACGCAGAAAUAAUAACAAUGGCCAUAACUAUGGACAAAGACCACAACAAGACCAGAGGGAUAAUAGACCCCAGCCCCAAAACCAAGAGAUAAUAGAGGUGGAGGCUAUGAGAAUAGAGGUCGGCCACAGGAAACCAACUAUUAUCAGGGACGUCCAAAUGAAUACCAUGAGAACAGAGGAUAUACACAUGAACAGAGAAGAAGAAGCCCUGUUCGUUCAAAUGAUCGAAGAGAGGGAGAUCGAGGUUAUUACACUCAUCACCCACAGGAUAGGAGUCCAAUCCCUACACGGAAUUAUUAUGCACCCCUAGAACAGCGAACAGUGGAUGAUAGAGUGGAAAGACAUCAAAAUCCCAAUACCUCUUCUUUUUUAGAGAGAGGUCAAGAAUACCAUCCGCCUCGACAUACAGAGGAAAUAAGAACCUACAGAAGAACCCCAGAAAGAAA